UUAAAUGGGAACCUUAAAGUCGUUUAUCAUAUAGGUUCAAACUAAUUAUUAUUUCUUAUAUUGAAUAAUUUUUGUACACUUGAUGACUGUUCAUAAACAAUAUAAUUUUUACGGAAUUUUGGGAAGAGUAUAAAUUGCAAAGAAUUUUUAGGCAAGAUAUCAUAAUCUUUCAUUCACUGUUCAAAAUGUCUAUCACUGUUUCUAAAACCUCUAAAAACGCUCCAUUAAUUCUUCAUAAUGGUUUUUCAUAUACUGUCGAUCGAAAGAAUGAAGAAAAGAUUUAUUGGAAAUGUGAAUUUCAAAAAAUAUGUUCAUCUUCAUACAGAUUUAAAUAAUGUUAUCAUUAAAGUGGUUGUUGGACACGAAUUUAUGUCAGAGUCUACUUUGUUUUAAAUAAAUAAAUAAAAUUCUCGUACUGGUUCUGAAUAUCAGUCUUAUAAGUCCCUACGAGCAAAUGUCCCCCAAGGAUCUGUCCGGGCGAGCAUUAGUCCUAGCGAGUAUCAGUCCAUGUGAGCAACUUGUCAUACGAGCAUCUGUCCGCGAGCAAAUGUCCUCGCGAGCAAUUGUCCGUUUGCCGAUGUAACUUGUAGGACAAGACGAAUUGUCUUACACUAGACACUUGGGAGUUAGUGCAAAUUUAGAUAAGAUAUAGUGAAUGACAACGCUUGACAAGUGGUUUUCAUCCUGCUCCAACAUCAUACAAUCUGCACAUUAUCUUUUUUACAGUAGAUAAAAUAAACUUUUGCCUUCAUCUCACCAGUUACGAUCAAGAAAAGAUAACUUUUUAAACAAUUGGUUUUAUCCGAUAAAAGAUAAAGUCAACCGAGUAUUAUUUGCGUUUUAAUCACGAACAGAGUAGAAAACUAAUCUGUAUUUCACAUCACAUUGUUUUUUAUCCUUGAUGUUCACUUUUUCACUCGUUGCUUUUUUCUUAACGAACUGUAUGAUAGUUUAUCGAAGAGAAUAAACAUUUGAUUAGGAUAGAAAGAAGAAGAAUCCAUAGCAAAUAUAUGUUCAGACACAUUACAUGCAUGUGAAUAAUAAUCAAACAGGAGAUAUCAAGAUAAAAGCUUUUUUAUUUUAUCCAUAUAUAAAGCGAGAAUAUUAACCGUUGCAUCUAUUAUUUAUUUGAAUCUAUCAUUUGAACACACAUCCGAGAGAGUAUACAUGAAUCUAACUGAUAAUCAGCCUUAUACAGCAGCGGGUGACCUUCUAACUUAUCAAUCGCAAGAACGUCCAACAAAGUCAUGUCUGUUGUAUCCAAAUCCAUCAAAUAGUGCAGAAUAUUUAUCUGCAACCUAUGCCCAAGUGUAUCAAUUUACAACUCGUUUAUCACGAAGAUUUUUAUCGCAGUAUUUUAAUGAUAAUCCACCAUCAACAUCCACUGUUAUUUGUAUCUUAUCAAAUUGUACUACAGAAUGUUUCUUGACGAUUUAUGCAUUAUUAAAACUACCUAAUGUAAUUAUAUUUUUAUUGAGUACACGAAAUUCUAAAACAGCUAUUGAAUAUUUAAUCAAUGAAACUCAAGCCAAAUAUGUUUUUACAACAAAAGAUUAUUUAAAAACUUUGCCAUUAAUAGCAACAUUGAAAAUAAUUGAAUUUGACAACGAUGUACAUAUCGACGAAUUACAAGAGUUAGCAACAGUCGGUGAUAAAGAAAAUUUAAGAUCUCAACAGCUAGAUGAAAUACAAAUGAUAUUUCACAGUUCUGGUAGUACAGCAUAUCCAAAGCCAGUACGAUUAACAAAUCGUUAUUUCUUCAAUAUGUACUAUUUUACAUCAAGUGUCAACAAGGACUGGUAUACAGAAAAUGAUGUUGUACUUGCAUGGGGUGCUUUAUACCAUAUAUUCGCGUUCUGGACAUCGGUAACUGUUUGGCAAGUAGGUGGCUGUUAUGCACUUCCAUUAACAAAAGUUUAUCCUCCAACACCGAAAGAAUUGGUUUUAAAUAUUAACCAACAAAUAACAAAAAUGAUAACAGUACCAGUCUUAUUAGAGCAAUUAGUCAAUGAAAUAAAUUCACAAUCAAAACCUAAUUUUGAAUCAUUAAAAAAAAUGAUCUUCGUUAUGUACGGUGGAGCAUCGUGCCCAGAUAAUGUAUGUCAAAUGUUAGUCGAUAAUGGUGUUCAUUUGAUAAGUAUUUAUGGAUCAACAGAAACGGGUAUCAGCUUAAUUCGAAAUUUUUCACUGCCAAGUAAACAAUGGAAAUGGAUGUCAAUACUGCCUAUUCGUAAACCCUUUGUACGUCUUGUUGGCAAUGAUAAUGAAAAAGAAUUAAUACAUUUACCAAAUGAUCCAUUUCUUACCGUCAAAAUCUCCAAUCGUCCUGAUGGUUCAUAUUCAACGGGUGAUAUUCUCAUCGAAGAUCCACCUGGAUCUGGAUAUUAUCUAGUGUUAGGACGGAAAGAUGAUACACUUGUCCAUAUAAACGGUGAAAAAACCAAUCCUAAACCAAUUGAGAAUUUAAUGAAUUCAAAUAUGUUAGUAAAGAAAUGUGUAGUCAUUGGUCAUCAGCGUAUUUGUAAUUGUCUAUUAAUUGAAUUAAAUUGGUCACAAGUGGGUGAUUAUGAUUUUCAAGAAAUCGAACAACAGUUAUGGUUUACGUGUGAACAAGCGAAUCAAUUCGUACCAAGUCAUUCACGAAUCAUGAAAGAAAUGAUGAAAAUUCUUCCUAUGAAUAAACAUUUACCAGUGACAGACAAAGGAAAUAUUAUGCGAAACAAAGCGGUAGUAGAAUUUCAAACAAUAACAGACAAAAUGUAUCAAAAAUUCUUAAAUAUUAAUGAUGCUAAUAAUCAUUCUCACCUGUUCCAACAAUGGACGUAUGAAACAUUAAAAACAUAUUUGAAAUCGAAUAUACAACAUUUCAAUGAAAUUGAUAGUUAUCAGUCUUUAUUUGAUAAUUAUGGUUUUGACUCAUUAAGCGCUCUUCAACUCAGACAUCAAAUAUGUAAAGAUAUCGUAGAAGUAGAACAGAAUUUUCUCUAUGAAUAUUCAUCGAUUGAUAAAAUAGUAAGAGAAUUGUUAGUGAAGUUGGAAGGAAGUUACAAUAAACAGAAUAAAGGCGAUGAUCCAUAUCAUUGCAAAUGGAUGGAACACAUAAUAGAAGAAUAUGAGAAAAUAAUUCAACAAGAACCACCAUCGAGUGGAGAAAACACAGAAGCGAUAAUGAAACGUGUCUUUCUUAUCACUGGUGCCAAUGGAUCGCUUGGUAGUUGGAUUGUGCAUGAUUUAUUGAAACAAUCAUCGGUUGAUAAAGUUUAUUGUUUACUACGUGGUACAGAUGUCAGACGAUUUUAUCAAACAUUUGAACAACGUUAUGAUGAACAAAUUCUUCGUGAUAAUAAACAACGUUUUCAUAUUUUAAUAUCGAUGGAUUUGUCGCAAGAACAUUUAGGUCAAACAUCUCAGAUAUUUGAAGAAUUGCAACACAAUGUCACAGAUAUUAUUCAUUCGGCAUGGAAAAUGAAUUUUAAUUUCAAUGUACAAGAUUUCGAAUACGAUUGUAUUCGUGGUGUUUACAAUCUGUUAAAAUUGGCUAAAACAACAUCAUCUAAACGAUUUCAUUUUAUCUCAAGUAUAGCUUCAGCUGGAAAUUCAAAAAACGAUGUAAGAGAAGAACCAUUGCCAAGACAAUCAGAUUUACCAUUGUUAGGACAAGGAUAUGGACAAUCAAAAUACAUUGGAGAACAUCUAUGUUGGAUUGCGAUGAAACAAUGGGGUAUACUGGUCGAUGUUUAUCGUGUCGGACAAAUAUCCGGUGAUACUGAGUAUGGUAUUUGGAAUACAUCAGAAAUGAUUCCCUUGAUUAUUUGUGGUGGCGGAGGUCAAUUAGGUCAAAUGCCCGAUAGUGGUCAGCCCAUUUCAUGGAUUCCAGUCAAUAUUGUGAGUAAUUGUAUCGUCGAUAUUGCAUUGCAAUCCUAUUCUCAUGAUAAAAAUGUUCAUCAUUUAUUAAAUCCUCAUACAAUUGAAUGGUCACAAUUCUUAAAUGAACUUAGUCAAAUCGGUUUAAAAUUUCAAAUUAUUUCAAUGGAAAAAUGGUUGCAAAUAAUAUUACAAAAUACGUCGACAGAUAAUCCCUUAAUGAAAAUAUCAUCAUAUUUGGAAUCAUCGUCGAACAUUAGAAUGGCUCACUAUGAAACAAAAAAAACAACUGAUCGAACAAAAUAUUUUAAACAAUGUCCACAAAUCGAUCAAAAAUUAAUACGAAAAUAUUUGAAUUAUUGGAAUAAAAUUGGAUUUUUGAAAAAUGGUUAUGAACCAUCAGAACAAUAA